GCUGUCAAGCUGCUCAGGAAGAGAUGCGGGAGAGCUGAGACCGUCUCAUCAUGUUAAAGAGACAGGAGGAGGCGGACAGAACCAUAUUCGUGGGGAAUCUGGACUGCAAUGUGAAAGAGGAGAUCCUCUAUGAGCUCUUCCUGCAGGCUGGACCACUGACCAAAGUGACUAUUGCCAAGGAUAAAGAAGGACACUUCAAGUCUUUUGGCUUUGUCUGCUUCAAACACACUGAAUCUGUGCCUUAUGCUAUAUCCCUGCUCAAUGGCAUCCGCUUAUUCGGGAGACCUAUUAAACUCCAGUAUCGAUUUGGAAGUUCUUAUUCUAGUGACGCAAACAAUGUCUUCCAAGGACCCGAUAACGGUUUUAUGGCAAACCAGGCUGACUAUGGAGUGCCUGUAAUGGGGGAACCGUUUACUCCAGGCUUCCCUAUGCCCUUCAUGGACAGCGGCUACUUCUCGGAGGCGUAUCACUAUUUUCAUGGCAUGAUGAACCAGUUUUUAGGUUUCCAGCACCCUCCGUUUGGUUCAGCUGCUCAGCCGCACAUGGCGAUGCCCCCAAUGAGCAAGGAAGCCUUUCCAACGUAUGAUGAACCCAUGGAAAAUUGCAGUGCCGGCCCGAGUUCUCAGAGACGGAAUGUAAAGGUUUUAUCUGACCACAAAUCAAACUCGUCGAGGGCCAGUAAGCGAAGGAGAGAAGCGGAGAGCAGUGACUCUGAUAGUGACCACUCAGAGACUCAAAAAUCUUCCAAUAAACGGAAAAAACGCAAAAAGCGGAGAAAGCGGUGAACUAGACCACAACACGUGCUACACAGAGAUGGUUCAGAAUGGGUUCGAAGCCUGGGCUCGCUUUUCUUUCAAAAACCAUAUUUACACGUGCUCCACAAGUCUUCUGAAGGCAAUCCAAUUAAUUUUUUUGCACUUUAUCUAGACAUUGGCGCUAAGACUGGUUACUAUAGUGUGUCAGCCACAGGCUAUGCAGUACAGACAUCUGUUCACGAUUCCAUCACGUAACCUCGA